GCCGCGCCACGGGGAGGAGCUUCGGGCUACAAAAGAGCAACACACCGAGGACCAGGACCAAAGACAAGCCCAGAAGCAGAACCAAAACCAGGACCAGCAGAAGAUACCAGACCAGCAGACAGUAUGCAGUACAUCCGUUGUCCCGCCAUCUUGCUUCUCGUGGCAUUGGUCCUGUGCGGUCCAGCCGUUUCCUCACAGCCCGACAGAGACCAGGACCAGUACCAGAACCAGGACCUGGAGCUGGAGCUGCUGCACCACAGGCUGCUGCAACGAGCUCGCAGCGCCGGACUUCUGUCACAAGAGUGGAGUAAACGUGCGGUGGAGGAUCUGCUCGCUCAGAUGGGUCUGCCAGAGGCCGACACCCAGCGGGAGGCUCAGGUUGUAUCCAUGGAAAAAGGAGAAAAGGUGAACCUGGAGCGGUCCGUCGACCCACCCAACAACCUGCCCCCCCGCGAACGCAAAGCCGGCUGCAAGAACUUCUACUGGAAGGGCUUCACUUCCUGUUAAAGCCCCGCCCAGCUGACCAACCGACCAAUCCCAGAUCAUCUGGACUUCUCCGGAGCGACUGCAAGGACCAAUCAGCAGCUGUCCAGCUGCAGUGUACCUGAAUAAUUAAUGUAAUUAUCAAUUAAAAAAAAGAUA